CUUCAACGGGUGCUCGGGCUCAACCCCCGCUCUGUGACGGUGGUACUCGACACCGAAACAAGCCUAUGGCCAGUGCGAUACAGGCGUCUUUCCCUUGCACUACGAUAUCUUCAAUACGUGCUGCUCCAGCGCCCUGCGCUGCCCCUUGCGGCUUUGGCCGAGGCUCGGACAUUGGCCCUUUCUCAGAUUCUGGGCGUGCUUCAUGGCUGGGCAACCUCCACCUUGCUCUAUCAAAGCUGCCAGUCCCAGUACAGUUCGAUAUCACUGCACCGCUCACGACGGAACUCACGGAGGGCUGCCUUGAGGAACUGCGACUGUCACUUGUCAGCCACCUCAAACAACAGUUGGCAGAUUCACACCGACUCACUAUUCUCAAGGCGCGCCCCCAUCAACGGGCCACGCUUGAGCGGCGAGCAUACCUCACCAUCUCCGACCGAGAGCAGCGUUUUGCCCUAUGUCGGCUGCUGGCGUCGGAUUCCCCUUUGGCCGUCGAGGUACUGCGCCGCCGAACGCCACUGGUGCCCCGUGAACAACGAACAUGCAGGUUCUGCGAACGACAAGGAUCAGUGGAAGACGAAAUACAUGUACUGUUACUAUGCCCAUCAGAACAGUUGCGACAAUCCCGGGAGCGUUUCAUGGCAACAGCGUUCGCCCGCCAGCCGCUAUGGCGGAUAAGUUGGGAACGCAUGCCCGAACGCUUUCUGGUGGACGGUGUGGGAGACGAGAACAUAAUGGCUCACCUCGCCGAGCACACACAUACGGUCUUCCAGCUUUGCGAGACUGUCCCCAUGGUCGUGGUCGCCCCCGAGGAGCAAGCCCAGACAGAGGCCUAGCCCGGCGCUCAGCCCCUCCAAGCCGUCCCGCGUGCGACUAUAUCAUCGUUGCUGCCUAUGAGACUCACCGAACAGCUAGUA